CUCCUCCGUGCGCUGCGGACCGGGGCCCGCCGUGCCGCUGCGGCCCGCGUCCGCGGAGUCGCUGCUUCAGUCACGUUCGUCCCCGCCUCGGUCCCUCCACAGGCGCGGAGCUCCGCGAGCACCGCGCGGGCGCCGGGGCGCGCAGACAUGGGCAGCCGCUCUAGAGCGCGCCGGGUGGCCGCGGCGCUGGGCUUCGCCGGGCUGCUGUGCGCCGUGCUGGGCGUUAUCAUGAUCGUGAUGGUGCCCUCGAUCAUCAAGCAGCAGGUCCUCAAGAAUGUGCGCAUUGACCCCAGCAGCCUGUCCUUCAACAUGUGGAAGGAGAUCCCCGUCCCCUUCUACCUCUCUGUCUACUUUUUCGAUGUCGUCAACCCCAAUGAGAUCCUCCAAGGCCAGAAGCCGCAGGUGCGGGAGCGCGGACCCUACGUGUACAGGGAGUUCAGACACAAGAGCAACAUCACCUUCAAUGACAAUGACACGGUGUCCUUCCUCGAGUACCGCAGCUUCCAGUUCCAGCCUGACAAGUCCCGCGGCCUAGAGAGCGACAGUAUCGUCAUGCCCAACAUCCUGGUCUUGAGUGCAGCAAUGAUGAUGGAGAAUGGGCCCAUGAGCCUGAAGCUGAUCAUGACCUUGGCGUUCAGCACCCUUGGCGAACGUGCCUUCAUGAACCGCACUGUCAGCGAGAUCAUGUGGGGCUACGAGGAUCCCCUCAUCCACCUCGUCAAUAAGUACUUCCCAAACAUGUUCCCCUUCAAGGGCAAGUUCGGGUUAUUCGCUGAGCUCAACAACUCUGAUUCCGGGCUCUUCACCGUGUUCACGGGGGUCAAAAACUUCAGCAGGAUCCAUCUCGUGGACAAGUGGAACGGGGUCAGCAAGGUCAACUUCUGGCAUUCCGAUCAGUGCAACAUGAUUAAUGGGACUUCCGGGCAGAUAUGGGCGCCGUUUAUGACUCCUGAAUCCUCGCUGGAAUUCUACAGCCCCGAGGCCUGCCGGUCCAUGAAGCUCAUCUACAAGGAGCAGGGGGUGUUCGAAGGCAUCCCCACCUUUCGCUUCGUGGCUCCCAACACCUUAUUUGCCAACGGGUCCGUCUACCCGCCCAAUGAGGGCUUCUGCCCCUGCCGGGAGUCCGGAAUUCAGAAUGUCAGCACCUGCAGGUUCAACGCACCCUUAUUUCUCUCCCAUCCUCACUUCUACAACGCUGACCCAGUCCUGGCAGAGGCAGUGUCUGGCCUCCACCCUAACCCAGAAGAGCAUUCCUUGUUCCUGGACGUCCACCCGGUCACCGGAAUCCCCAUGAACUGCUCUGUGAAACUGCAGCUGAGCCUCUACAUUAAGUCUGUGAAAGGCAUCGGACAAACUGGGAAGAUCGAGCCGGUGAUCCUGCCACUGAUGUGGUUUGGAGAGAGCGGGGCAAUGGAGGGUGAGACCCUUCAGACGUUCUACACCCAGCUGGUGUUGAUGCCCAAGGUGCUGCGUUAUGCCCAGUACGUGCUCCUUGCCCUGGGCUGCGUCCUGCUGCUCAUCCCCAUCGUCUACCAAAUCCGGAGCCAAACGGGAGAGCGGAAGCAGGGGGACCAGUGAAGAGGCCCAGGUGAGCGAGGAUGGUGGCUUGGACCAGGAUAGGAGCAGGUAUUUGGGGAAGGGAGCACGGAUGGAGAAGAGCCCUGAAGAGCCAGCCGUGGGGCAUCUACCAUUCAGAGGCAGGAAAAAGAGGGGGUGACAACAAAUACCCCCUUUUUCUGGCCGCGUUGUGCGGCAUGCAGGAUCUUAGUUCCCCAAAUAGGAAUCGAACCCAUGCCCCCUGCAGUGGAAGUGCAUAGUCUUAACCACUGGACCACCAGGGAAGUUCCAACAAAUACACCUUCUUGAUUUGCAUCAUUCAUUCAUUCAUGGCAUUCACUGACACCUUCACAGCUUAUGGGGGGGGUCACUGUGCACAGUUUUGGGGAUACAGACGUGAGUAGGAUGUGAGGUCCAGAGACCAGGGGGCUUUAAGCAAGUUACUGCCGUCACAUGGUGACAGGGCCCGUGGAUGCAAGGCCCCCGGGGCAGCGGGGAUGGGUGGGCAGCUACCUGGUGGACAGGGGACACUGCUCAGUGGCAGGGAGUCUUGAAAGGCCAUUUUGAAUCCAUGAACCAGAACCCCCCCGGUGCCCCCUGCCCCCCGAGUUGUCCUGGAGCCACAGGCCUCAGCCUCGGUCGGGGGCUGCCCGGCUCCCCUGCUGCCCCUCGGGCCACCUGCAACGCCUGCUUUCUUGCUUUAGCUCCGGCCAACAGCGUUUUCUCUUCUUCCUCUUCCUCGGAGGCAGCUCGCACGCUCGCUUGCUAAACUUGCUUGCUUGUUUGCUGGGGCGAGGACAAACCUUUCCAGGCUCUUAACCUGGGCUUUCAGACCCUUAACCUGAUUUCCCUUCCAAAUUCCCAGUCCUUUGGGGGAAAAGGUUUGCACUGGUGUGAGGGUACCGGGGCCUCUGGUGUUUUGAGCCCCCAGUGAACGUUGGGGGCCCGGUCCUCUGUCACUGCCCCAGCCAGAGCAAACGGGAACUCCCUAGGGUUUUUGGAAUGAAUCAUGCUGGGAGGACAGAGGGGCCAGAAGCCCUAGCCCCCAACCCGUGGAUGCCUCCCUGGGGCCAGCAUCACCGUGGGUUUCCAGGAGUGAGGCCCAGGGGAGCAGCGGUGAGGGGCUGGACCAGACAGCCUCUGCCCUCUGUCUCUCCUAAUGGUCCGUCAGAAGGGGGAGGGGGAGGACGGUGAGGAUGAACAAUGUGAAAGCUUCCCUGCUUCACAUCCCCCAUCCGUGUCCCCCAAAUCCGAUGAGAAUAUCAUCGUCUCUACUGACCGUGGUUGAGGCCCCCUCCCCGCAGGUUUUGCUGGAGGCCCAGUCGUUGAAAUUUAUCCCAUUAUGUAUUUUUUGGUUUAGCAGGGGUUAGGCCUUACAUGUUUUUAUGUAUCUGUCCUGAUAGGGGAGAAAAAAAAAAAAAAAAGAAUGGCAUGUCGUUAAACUCAACGUAUUUUAAUUUCUCUUCAAAGACGUUUUUGUCAAGUCAUUCUUGAAAGAAAAAAAAUUUUUUUUAGACAGAAAUGUCGCUGUUUCUGGUCGAUUUAAGAUGCCACCCACUAGCUCAGUCAGUGGAGCAUGAGACUUAAAAUGCCACUUGCUCAACCCUCUGAGUCUCGGCCAAUCCCCCCUGCCCAGCACGGCCCAUCUCCCCUCCGUGAUUCGGCUCAAAUUUUCAGGCUGCCAAACCCUUUUCAGCUCAGCUUGCCCGUCUGACCAAGCGUGUUUCCUGAAGAUGCUCGUCUUUCUGUCUUUGGUGAAAGACACCAUCACUCCCCAGGUCUCAGCCAACUCCAGUCACUAAUGGUGGUUGGACUCUAGAACUCUGUACCCCACCCUCUGCUUUUUGAAAAUCGGAGAACCGUGUAAAAACCGUGUGUGUUCGGCUGCAACGUCAACUAUAAAUUAGCUUGGUUAUCUUCUAGGAGAAGUGCUAUUUAUUUUGGAGUAGUAGUAAAAAGGGCUCAAAGGAUAAGGAGGCCAUUCAGGCCUAUUCUGAAUCCCUGAUGACAUCAGCUCCC